UGUACGUCCUACUGGGAUUGCUAGUCAAUAUCGAGCCGGAUAAAACUACUGUCCGACUCCAAUAUCCAGAGCAAGUACUGAAAGGAAUUGAUUUCAUUCUUGAAAAAAUGUAUCCGUCACCAUCUGCAGAUCCAUCAGUUGCCUCGCAAUCAGAAAUCAGAAAAACACUAAAUUCUACUGAUCAACCGCCAUUACCAUCAACUGUUCCGUCCGAUACGAUAGAUCUCAAUCAGUCUAGUUUUAAUCAGAUUGGAAAUUCGGCCAAAAAUAAAGAAACUAGCGUACGAUCCACGCCCAGCAAAACUGAAGAUGGUCUCGACACCAACACUUGUAAAAGAGCUGAACCCACAGCGUUGGAACGAUUGAUUUUUGCAACGACAGAAAAACCCCCAUUGCAGCCCAGCAACAUGAAUAUACAACCAAAUGAGAUUAAAUCUUUAAAACGGCCUGUUUCAUCGUGCGAGUUGCCGCUGUUUUCUACCACUUUUGAUUCUGUACCAAAGUCUCGAUUGAAAAAAACAUCUCAAAAAAGAGAGUCGGAAUCGGGUAAUUCAACCAACUACCUCAACUCACGGCUGGAUGCAUUCCUGAAAAAGUCGACGCCUCUGAUGCAAGAUAAAGCACGCGAGAUGCAAGGAACUGACAGUAUUCUCGUACAAAAACACCUUGACAAUCCAAGCUUGGUUAUUUUAAGGCAUCGAUACCAGCGAUUGUGCAACUUCAAGCAUACUCAGUCCACCAAUAGUGAUGAUUCUUUGAAAACAGCAAAGCACAACACUAUAUCUGCUGUUGGACUGGUUUCAAUUCCCAAUACUGACUUGU